AUGGAUCCGGCAUCCGCGGUCGGUCUUGCGGUCGGGGUUGCCUCCUUGGCAUUUGAUGUGUUUGACAAUUCUAUCAAACUUUUUAAAUUUUUCUCGGCUAUGGUAGACAUGCCGAAAGAUUGUGAGCAAUGUCGCCUCCAGCUUAUGAUCGAAUAUAAUCGUCUUUUGGCCUGGGGCGAGUCGGUGGGCUUGAUGAACGCUCAGCAAGGAUCGCAUGUGGCUGUCAAUUUAGGAACGAAUGCAAUCGAGCUGUGCAGCAUCGUAUCUCGCAUAGGCUGGCUCCUUGGAGAAUUUCGAGAUAUGAACGCCCGAUGGAAGAAUGAGCUGCUAGUGUCGCAAGACGACGAUGAACUGAUGAGCAAGAAAGGCUACGAGGACUUCAAUUUGGCAAAGGAAGUCUCGAGUCUCGCAAUCACCUACGAGGAAACCAAACAAGCACGCAAAUAUCUUCGAGGGACCAACCAUGUGAUUAAAUGGUUCUCGAAAGGAGCUGAGACUGCCAAGGAGAUCGUUACGCACCCUUCUCGAGUUCGAUGGGUGAUGGUGGAUAAAGGAGCAUUCGAAGCACUUCUGGAAGAUCUCCAUUUCCUCACCGAGCGUAUGCAUGAACUCAUGGAGGAUUAUCGUAGAGACCGUAUGGAAGAAACUACCUCUAAGAUCUACCGCGAGAUGGUUCUGGCGCGGAACGACAUCAGCGAUCUCAGAAACCUGCUGGAUGCUGUUACGAGCCUGCUCAAGACCACCAGGGAAAACACAGACGCAACACACCACAGCGAGAAUGACGAAACACUUCAAGAUCUUCUACGGCUGAAAAAGAUCAACUGCGUCUCAAAUGAGCUUCUACUAAAAAUGGAGGACGAGCAGAUCUUUGAUAUAGAAAGAUAUCUGAAAGACUUGAUCAGUGUGCAUCGAUACAACGGCUCGACAUUGAGCGACUCCUUCUCCUACACAAAGCACGACAAGAUUUCAAGAGGUACUGGACCACCUCGGCCGAGAGGGACUCUGAGCCAGGUUGGUGAGGUGAUUCAGGUUUGGAUCGAGUGGAAGACAACAGGCGACAUUCCCAAAGGACCCCUCGAGGACAACGAAUCCAAGUUGCGAACCGCAACUCUUGCGCAGAUGCUUCAUACCAAGAAGCCUCGGCACCUCUAUUCACCUACGUGCAUUGGGUACAUCGACGAUUGUGCAGAGAACCGCCGAUACGGAUGGAUUUUUCGAAUGCCUGAUGGCUCAACCGAGGCCACAAUGCUGAAAACACUCCACGAAAUUCUAGGCCAGAAUCAAUAUAAGCCAACACUUACCCAACGAACGGCCCUCGCUUGGAGGCUAGCAUCUUCACUGCUCUAUGUACACGCUACGAACUGGCUGCAUAAAGGGGUUCAUAGUGGUAACGUAAUCUUCACGUUCGACGGAGAUUACUACAAUCCCGAGAAUCCUAUCCUCUCAGGAUUCGAAUAUUCACGUCCGAUGAGCAAUAAAACGACGGGUCGAAGUCUUGACCCGAAGUGGGACAUCUAUCGCUGGCCGCGUGUUCAGAACGAGAUACCACAGGCGGCAAACUCUCGCAAGACGUACGAUAUCUACAGUCUAGGCCUUGUUCUGCUCGAAAUCGCCCACUGGAAGCCGUUGCAUGAGAUUAUGUGCCUGAAAAGGUGGCCAGAGCCCUCCUCUCAAGAUCCGAGGAUUCGAGGCUGGUUGUUGGGACAGGAGCGUCGUCCGCCGUUCAAAGAUACAAAUCCUCUUGUCGAGCUACGUGAUAUCGCCGGGGACAAGUAUUGGAGAGCGAUCAGCCGUUGUCUUGUAGCUCAUGGUGACGAAGGAAUGAGCGUCGAUGAGGACUCAGAUCAAUCACAGGGCUCCGGGACUGGAAUCAGACUCCAAAGCGCGUUCACUGAGUUUGUGCUUGAGGAGCUUAAGAGUGUUUCGAUUUGA